GCAACAAACAAUUUUUUCAUAAACUUUAUAUUAAAUGAAUGGAGUAUAACAAGAAUGAGUGGAACUAUGAUAUACAGCUAGUGAAACCUUAAACUUUACGUACUCCCGAGACGACUUGAAAUUGCUUUGAUAUUUGUGGCUUGAUGAACUUACAUCUGUUUUGUACUUCCAUGCUAGAACUAAAUUCAUCGACAGGACAUGAAUUUAAACUCAAAGCAACAUAAAAAAUGGUUACAAAAAAGAAAAUACACUUUUAUCGCUUUUUCAAUUCAAAUGAUUAUUAUUGGAAUGGAAUACAGUCUUACCAUUAUAACAUUAUGGUUGUACAUCAAAGAAAUGAUAAAUACAAACUCACCAAAACUGUAUUACAGUCUUGUGUCCGUGUCAUACAUGGUUGCCUCUACAUUACUAACGCCAUUCGUUGGUAGACUGGCUGAUAGAAAUCGAGAUACCAAUAAGUCAUUUCUAAUUUGCAAUUUUUUGAUGCUUUCUGGAAACGUACUAUACAGUAUCCAUUUUUCUCCUUUUUAUUUAAUAGGAGGAAGAAUCAUAGCUGGCUUUGGUGGAGCUUUAAAAUCGAUCAUUUUCAGCGAAACAAUUCGAAGUUACGUAGCGUAUGAAACAAAUUCAAAGCUAUCAAUUUUAUCAAUUAUGCUUAAUUUUGGUUUUAUGCUUGGACCAGGAAUAAAUUUCUUUUUUAAAGAUAUCAAUUUUUAUAUAGGUCGCUGGCAUUUGAAAGACGUAAACUUUCCCGGACUCUUUUUGGGUUUUUUAUGUUUCGCAAUGGAAAUUGUUUCCAUAAUAAUGGUGCAUGAUUUGUCAAAAGAGUUCGAUUAUAAAGCUUUUAGUGAAAAUGGUUUUGUAACAAACGAAGUUAGCAAUGAAGAUAAUAAGAUUGAAGACAAAAAAAUACCUUUAGUGCAAAAAAAUGGUGCAAACAAAGAGACAUCCGUAAUUGAAGCCGUACCAGAAACAACCGUAACCGAAACAACAUUACUAUUACCAAGAAACUCAAAUCAACAUUCUGUAAAAAAGAUUUUAAAAGAAUUGUUUACGAAUUUUGAUUCAGCACUUCUUAUGUUUUCCAAUUUUUUUUUAGCCUUUUUUUUCAUAAACACAGACCUAUGGCUACCAUUACUAGUUAUUGAGAAAAUGCAUCUUUCAAUGGUAGAAAUGAACAUCAGUUUUUUUGGUGUAAGUGGAAUCUGUGCUUUAAUGUUGGUAAUAUUUAUUUGGAGACCAAUAUCUGACAAAAAGAUAAUUACAUUCUUUAUUAUUAGUCUAGGUGGGUUUUGCACAGUCAGUGUAGGUUUUAUCAUUCUUUCGUAUUUUCCUUACAACAAGUUUUUGAAUAUUUUUUUAUGCAUUAUUUACAUGGUUAGUUUUGCUGGUACACCUAUAGUUGUGUAUGUAUUUUUUGUUAACACACAAGCCAAAAUGGUAAAUUCAAGUAUUUUAACAUUUGUUGACAGUAUUCGAUCUUCAAUUUACUCUGUAGGAGCAUUCUUAGCUUUUUGCUUUUCCGCGUUUAUUUUUGACUAUGUUGAAAUAUUCGGAACAUUGUAUGCAGUCAUUAUGAUAGUUAUUGGAAUCUUGUUUAUUCUCAGAAAUAAACAUAUGAUCAAUCCAAAACAAUUUUUAUAAUUAGCAAAUACAAAAUUACAAAAAAGCAA